AUGACCCAUCCAAUUCAGCGAAGACAACUGAAGAGGAGAAAGGAAUUGGAAAUCUAUUGUCUGGGGAAUUUGAAGAAAUACCUACAAGAGACCACCCUGCAUGGUUUGAAAUAUUUGGUGGAUAGUUCGCUGACAAAGUGGGAAAAAUCAUUUUUCCUUACCGCCUUUGUGUUUUGCUUCAUUAUGGUGGUACACCUGGUAGCCAAUAUCUAUGCCAAAUGGGAUAGUACCCCGGUGAUAAUUGGUAUAAGUCCACAUCCGACACCGAUAGUGAAGCUACCCUUACCCGCCAUGGUUUUGUGUAACAUGAAUCAGGCCGUGUAUUCGAAGGUGGCUAAUUACAGCAAAGGCUCCAAGGAACAUGCCCUUCUACAAUAUUUAUGCUAUUCGGAAAUAGCCUAUGAUAGUAAAAGGGAAAAUUCGCGAGAAUUUAAAAAUAAUGAUUUGGAUCCUUUGGAUUUUAUUAUUGCGCAUUCCCAACCCUGCUCUCGUAUGAUGGUUGCCUGUUUAAUCGGUUCCGUGGCCUACAAUUGCAGUGAGCUGUUUCGUGAAGUUGUAACGGAUGAGGGUCUCUGCUGCGCCUUCAACACAUUGCAUCCCAAAUUGAAUUAUAUAAAGAACUAUCGCACACUGGAUGGCCUUAAAACUGCUGCUGAUGUUGUGCCGGUUGAUUGGAAUCCUGAAAUGGGUUAUCAGGCAAAUUUACCCCCUAAAUAUUAUCCACGGCCAACGUUAGGUACCGGCAUCUCCAUGGGCAUUUCUGUCAUCCUAAAUGCCGAAGUAGAUGAAUACUACUGCUCGACGAGCAACAGUGCCGGGUUCAAAGUAAAUCUUGCCACACCCAUUGAUAGACCGCUGGUCGGUGAAUCAGGCGUUAUUGUACCCUUGGGCGCCACAACCAAUUUUCGUAUUGAUGCCCAAAUUAGCGAAUCCUCCCCGGCCAUACGUUCGAUAAAUCGCAAACGACGUCGUUGUGUAUUCCUCAAUGAAGAAUCGCUCGUUUUCUAUCGUUACUACACAAAGGCCCAUUGUGAACAUGUAUGCCUCUCGGCGUUCCUAAUCGAACGGUGUGGUUGUAUACCCUUCUAUCUGCCGGUUAUCUAUGAUAAUGCCACCUUUUGUAAUGUCAGUCGGAUGUUUUGUGCGGAUAAGGCCAGGGUGGAAUAUUCCAGGCUCACCCCUUGCUAUGCAUAA